ACCGGUAUCCCCGCCUUCCCCCCCUCCCCCCCGAAUAUUCACAGCCACGUACACAUAUCUAUCGUCUAUGGCGCCGCGAUGGAGGGGUAUUGCUACUGUUGUUGCUUUACAUCGUUGUCCUCGGACGAAUCCAUACUCACCGUUCCAGUACUAAUGCCCAGCGACGCUGCCAUUAACAUUGCCUCAUAUGACAACCCAUCCUCCCACGAUUGAUUCUCCCCACCUUGAUCCGACUUGCCUCGCUGUCAAGUACAUGCACACCAUCCAUGAAGCUGUGAGGGAGUGGAGACGCUGACAGAUAUGGAAUGGCUAGGAUUACCAGAAAGAUGCCAUCUACCGCCAGAUGCUAGAAUACAAGCGAUCUUGCAGCACACUGGAGGCACAAAUAGAGGACCUAAAGCGAAGGUCAGCCCAUCACGAGGAUCAUAUGAGAGUAGUCGAUGCUUGGUGGGUUCAGGUAAGCAGCCAAGUAGCCAUGAAGCCGCUCAUCAUGAUGUUGCUGACACCUCUCAGUUACUGCAAGAGAUACAAAUUCUGGCCGACGGUACCAUUCCUCUUGAACCAGGCUCCACCCCGCAGGCAUUUCCUACGCACACGUCGUUCAAGGACGUCGAAGACCUCGAGGCACAUCUGGCCGACAGCUCAUCCUGUAUCAAGAAGAUGGCCGAAUCUAUUAUCAACAACCUAGCUUCUGCUCGCGGUCAGGUGCCUCCUAAUAUCAGCAAUUUGGAAUCGCAGGUCAAUAGGUUGCUAGCCAACCAAAAAGAUUUCCUAGUGAAGCUUGACCGACUCACCUCGGAGAGAGAUGGAUUCUCAGAGCAGCUGAACACCGCCACUUUGAGAUAUAUGAAGGCCGAAAGAAAACUCGAUCGACUCAAGAGUAACCAAGUCCAGAAGCUCGAACAAGCAGCCUUCGCAAGAGCGACUGCGCCCCCUACCGGCAGCGAGCUCGAGAAUGGUACCGGCGCCAACGAAUCCAACGGCAACUACGAAGCUCUUCAGGUGUCGCUACAAGAAGCCACAGUUGUGAGCCAGAAACGUCAGGAACAGCUAGAGAUAGCAUUGGCUCAGGCCAAGACCUUACAGGAAGAGCUGACUGCUGCACAAGUCAAGCUUACCAGCUUGACGGAUGAAGACUACUCGCGAACCGAAGUAUUCAAGCUAUCCAAGACUCAGCAUGAGGAGUUGAUCAAGAAGAUCAACCAUCUAGAGGUGGCCAACAAGAAAGCUCUAGCGGAGAAAAUCGCUCUUGCGGACGAGCGUAAUCAAUAUCGGAAGAAGCUGGAGGACGAGGCGCAAACAUUGACACUCCAGCUUGAGGACGAACUUCAGCAGUCAGAUACAAACCUCGCGCGGGUCAGAUCUGCACGGGACGAGCUCCACGCUGAAGUAACGCAACUCAGGGCAAGCAAAGAACAAGAACGAGCAUCCAUAGCUCAUUUCAAAGAACUCACCAGUGCGCAGGAGGCUCGGAUCAAUGCGCUCGAGGUGGAAUUGCAACGCCUGCAACCAAGCGAGGAUGUCGACAUGACUGCGCGACCGGACAUCGACAGCCUGGAGCUGGACGAGUUGCGAGAGAAAUACAAGAGGCUGCAGAAAGACUUUGACUCCAUCAAUCACGAGCUGCCUCCGUUAACAGCAGCCGUGAAGAAGUACCAAGCUCUUGCCAACAAGAAACUCGGGGAUUAUGCCGAAUUGGAGGAGAAACUGGCAACAGCAAUUGCUGAGAGGAGCAAGGCUAACCAGAAGUACUACGAUGCGUGCAAGGACACGGGCCCAAAAAAGGAAGAGAUCACCCGCCUACGAUCGCAGAACAAUCGCAGUUCCGAGAUCAUCUCUCAGCUCAAGGAGAACGAAGCACAGAGCCGCACUCUCCUGGGUAAUUUGGAGAAGCAGAUGAUGGAUCUGAAACAGACCAAUACUGCGGCCAUGACGGAGAACAAGAGAUUGGAGAGCUCCAGCAACGAAGUACUCCGUCGCUAUGAUGUACUCAAGUCCCAGGUUACCGAGUUAAACAGCUUGGCCAAGUCGAAGGAUAGUGCGACCACCUUGGCGAGAGAACGUACUGUGGCAUUGGAGGCGGACAAUGAGAGGCUAAAAGUACGCCUCGACAAUACGUCGAAAGACCGUGACAAGUGGAAAGUCAAGAGCCUGAAUAAUUCCUCCGAAGAGGAGGAUAUGUUACGUAGACUUGCGACGUGCUCGGUUUGCCACAAAGAGUUCAAGGACACAGUCAUCAAGACUUGCGGUCACACCUUCUGCCGAGGGUGCGUUGAGGACAGAAUAGCCAAUCGCAUGCGAAAAUGUCCCAAUUGCAACAAGGCGUUCGAUAGGGUCGAUUUAAUGGGUGUACACUUGUAGAACCUCUUCGAGGUUCGAGACUUCUUGACUCGUGGAUCACGGCCCGAUGAUUGUGUGUAAAACUAGAGCGGACGAAAUGGGGAGCAGAACUUCAGGAGCUUGAGGGCUGUGUACGAUGGUGUACAUAUAAGGAUGGCACGCGCAUGGUGAAAGUCAUCUGCUAGACGCUACAGACGCGCGCAGAUUUGAGUUGAGAUGGCGAUAUUUCGCUAGGCGUUUACACCGACAUACCCCGAUUUGAGAGGAUAUUGAGUUGCGGCUGGAUCACUCAGAUAUACCGCUGUGGAAGAGGGGGGCCGAUUCCCCUUGUCUUGGCAUGAGCUGUAACUCGCAUUUCACACAUGGGCGAAUUCACAUCUUGAGGGGCAGUCGCACAGGAUAGAGGGUGAACCACACCAACCGGAAUGUAGGAAUAAUAAA